UUUAAGUCAGCCCGCACAAACGGGUCUGGGUCCUACGCUCGUCGGUCGCGGAGCCCGGGCCGCUCCCCGCGCAGGCGCAGUGAGCCGACUCACCAUGCCGACUGUCAGCGUGAAGCGCGAUCUGCUCUUCCAAGCCCUGGGCCGGACUUACACUGAUGAAGAAUUUGAUGAACUCUGUUUUGAAUUUGGGCUGGAGCUCGAUGAAAUUACUUCUGAGAAGGAAAUAAUAAGUAAAGAACAAGGAAAUGUAAAGGCAAAGGGAGCCUCUGAUGUUGUUCUUUACAAAAUUGACGUCCCUGCCAAUAGAUAUGAUCUCUUGUGUCUGGAAGGAUUGGUUCGUGGUCUUCAGGUCUUCAAAGAAAGGAUAAAAGCUCCAGUAUAUAAACGGGUAAUGCCUAAAGGAGAAAUCCAAAAAUUGACUUGCACAGAAGAGACAGCUAAAGUACGCCCUUUUGCGGUAGCAGCAGUUCUCCGGAAUAUAAAGUUUACUAAAGAUCGAUAUGAUAGUUUCAUUGAACUUCAAGAGAAGUUACAUCAGAAUAUUUGCAGGAAAAGAGCAUUGGUUGCUAUUGGUGCCCAUGAUUUGGACACUUUAUCAGGCCCGUUUAUUUACACUGCGAAGCGUCCUUCACAUAUCAAAUUCAAGCCUCUCAAUAAGACUAAAGAGUAUACAGCUUGUGAACUGAUGAACAUAUACAAGACUGACAACCACCUUAAACAUUAUUUACACAUCAUUGAAAAUAAACCUCUGUACCCAGUUAUCUAUGAUAGCAAUGGUGUGGUCCUUUCAAUGCCUCCAAUCAUCAAUGGGGAACAUUCCAAAAUAACAGUAAAUACUAAAAAUGUAUUUAUCGAAUGCACAGGAACUGACUUUACUAAGGCGAAAAUAGUUCUUGAUACUAUUGUCACCAUGUUCAGUGAAUAUUGUGAGAAUCAGUUUACGGUUGAAGCAACUGAGGUUGUUUUUCCUAAUCGAAAAUCACACACCUUUCCAGAAUUGGCUUAUCGAAAGGAGAUGGUAAGAGCUGAUCUGAUUAACAAGAAAGUAGGCAUCAGAGAAACUCCAGAAAAUCUUGCCAAGCUUUUGACCAGGAUGUGUUUAAAGUCAGAAGUCAUAGGUGAUGGGAAUCAGAUUGAGGUUGAAAUCCCUCCGACCAGAGCUGACAUUAUCCAUGCAUGUGAUAUUGUAGAAGAUGCAGCUAUUGCUUAUGGAUAUAACAACAUUCAGAUGACUCUUCCGAAAACAUACACCAUAGCUAAUCAAUUUCCUCUUAAUAAGCUCACUGAACUUCUCAGACAUGACAUGGCAGCUGCUGGAUUCACUGAAGCACUCACCUUUGCUCUGUGCUCCCAAGAAGAUAUUGCUGAUAAACUCGGUUUGGAUAUUUCUGCAACAAAGGCAGUACACAUAAGUAAUCCUAAAACAGCAGAAUUUCAGGUGGCACGCACUACCCUUCUUCCUGGCCUCUUGAAGACCAUAGCAGCAAAUCGAAAGAUGCCCCUUCCUCUGAAACUCUUUGAAAUCUCUGACAUAGUAGUAAAAGAUACCACCAAAGAUGUAGGUGCAAAAAACUACAGGCAUCUCUGUGCUGUUUAUUACAACAAGAACCCUGGGUUUGAGAUCAUCCAUGGGCUGCUGGACAGAGUUAUGCAGCUGCUUGCCGUACCUUCUGGGGAAGACAAAGGUGGAUAUGUGAUCAAAGCAUCAGCAGGCUCCGCCUUCUUCCCUGGGCGAUGUGCUGAGAUCUUUGCCAGGGGUCAAAGCAUCGGGAAGCUUGGGGUCCUUCAUCCUGAUGUUAUCACCAAAUUUGAGCUGACCAUGCCCUGCUCCUCCCUGGAAAUCAAUAUUGAGCCCUUCUUGUGAAGAUGGUCUCUGUUGUUGAUUCUCCCUCUCCUCCAGUGUCCCUUUCUCCUCCCGUGGUGUCCUUCAGCCCUUUUCCACUGGGAACAUCCAUUUGUGCUUUAAUGUUUAAUAAACUGAAGGCGCUGUCUGGC